AUGAUACCUUCUUUUGCGUCGAAUUCUUCGAGCUUUCGCAAUGGCCCAAUCACUUUGCCUUUAGCGAAAUUCUCUCACUGCACAGUCGCCACUCACUCUUCGCCAAUGCGCUGGAUUCACGUUGCAGGAAAUCAUGAUGACUCUGGACACGGUGACCUUUUCACAGUGUUUGAUACCUUUCGACGAAUGGACGUCAAUGAACAAAUGGCGGAACUGCAUUUGCUCAAGGUCGAUCACAGAGGGGACCUUCUUGAGAAAUUUGAAUUUGAAAUGUUGAGUAGACAAGUGCGAUCGGACAAUAUUCGCGCUCAAGGCCGGAUUUUGACUGAGAUGGAUCGACAUAUGGUUGCUGUUGCCAGAGCUUCACUUAAUGCUGUUGCAAUGCGCUAUCAAACCUUGGAUCGGAAGAUCAGGAAGCUGCAAUUCAUUUUUCAUACAGUCAGCGGCUUUAAUUUCUGCAUUGAAACUCUACAGUCCUUCGCUAUACCGAUCAUUAUCAAAGAUAAUGAGGCCCGACCAACCUCGACGCAAUCUUUGCCUGUGCUGAACCACAACUCUACUUUAUACUCUACGCCUAGCAUCGAGAGCUCCACAAAUCGGUACGGCGGAGCCCAAGCUUCAUCGUUCCCUCCUCACGUAUUUCAAUCCGGAUAUUCACAGAACGCUCAACGUACUCUACAGCCCGCUCGCCAACCACCUUACUUAGAUCCAUCAUGGGCACCCUCGUCGGCCCAGCCAAUUCAAACUUUUGCCAACGAGCCGAGCUUGUCACAAUAUGGAAGUCAGGGAAGCUCCCAGGGAAUGGCCUCCUUUGGGUACCACCAAGCUUCGAUGGACUCGUAUCCAAAUCGUGAUACGAGUCAGGUCAAUAGCUGGCAUCCAGCGCUUAUGCCUUUUCAGGAUACUGGGCGCUCAAUUCAACAAGGCACGAGCGUUUCUCAAGCAGGCGCCCAAGUAUUGCCCUUUGAGCAUACUGCGUACCAAUCCACUCAUGCCAAUCCAUCUCAAGGACGACCUUUCAGCGCUCCAGAACCGCAUGAUGAAAGACUGACUCAUGAUAGCUAUACCAUGAAGGACAUCAUGCCACCACCCCGCACAUUACCUUUUCCAGAGCCAAAAUCGAAGCCAUCGUCUGCACAAGGGAUUGAGAAGCCACUUGGGGAACGGACUGCACCUCAACAAGCUUCUUCCCAGUCGAACCGUACCAAAACGGCCACCAAGCCACGGCAGAGCAGACCGAGAAAAUCUAAGGCUGCGCAAUCUGUCCUGGAAGGUGCAGUUUCGAAACCAGAUACUUCAAUUGCCCCUAAGCCAACUCCAAAACCUAACAAGGCAAGCGUAAUUGUUCCGCCACUUUCAAGUGACCCCUUACGCACCGUUGAGACAGGGUUAGCCUUCCAACGCAAAUACCCAAACACAAGGGCGACAGACCCCUCAACUCAUGCGGAGGAUCACUCAUCAAGCCUUGAUCGCUCUGAUAUCCUCGCUCCUACACCUCUCAAGAACCCUCCGAAAAGACGACGUGUUGCUGGAACCACCAAUCAAGAUCCUAAGACUCCAACACCGGCGCCUCUCACUCAAAUAAUCGCAAAAACCUCAGCAGAUACCGCCAUCAAAUCUUCUGAAGCUCCGGUAAACAAAAAUUCACAGGCAGUUCAGGCAGACCUAGACAAGGCGCCUGACUCUGUAACAGUGGGACAGGCUGGGGCUUCAAUGAAUGUUGGACCCUUGCCGCCAUUCGCUCAACGGUCUAUACAGACUCAGACGUUGCCCAUUGAACCCCCAUCGGCCGAGACUACGGGUAACGUCCAGCCUAGCAACACCGGCAACUCUCAACCUGCGGUACCUAAAAAUCCAAUGCUGUCCCACAUCCAGUCUGACGAGUGUCUGGAUCGUCUUGAGCACUGGAUUCGGAAACAUCAUGAUCUACCGGCCCUGCAACCUACGAUGACAGAUCAAGAGCGAGACAGAGAGCGACUUGCCCAUUAUGCGGCUCAGCCGGAUGAAGAACGGCUGAGAAUCAUGGACAAUAUGAUCUGUGAGUGUCUCGAGGAUGACAAUUUCCUCAGUCUGCUCAAGGAUGUCGAGCGCACUUGGCGAAGGACAGCACUAGGGUCUAGCAUUUGA